AUGGAGAGUCGAGACCUUACGCAUCUCGCGCCAAAGGUCAUUGUGGGUGGAGAAGGCAACGUCGAUGCCGUUGUAGGAGAGUUUUUGGAGGCUUACGAGGGCCGGGCGGCCCGAGAAGGUGGCGUCGUGGGAUUUUUGGAUUUGGUGGACGAUUUUGGCGGAGGAGAUGACGAGGACAUUUCGGAAGCCGAGGCGGAGAGAGACGAGGGGACCGUAUCGGAGGGAGAGGCGGUGGAGAUAGGUGUGGGGGUAGCGGCCGUCGAAUUGGUGGAGGUUGCCGAUGAGGGGGAGAUGCGCCGGGCCGGGAGGGCGGGGGGCCCGGCCCGAUUUGGGUGGUUGGGUUUGGAGGUAGAGGAUGAGGAGGAAGGGGAGGAGGAAGAAGAGGAUUGCCCACAUGAUUUUUUCUUAAUUUUGUUUUUUUGGUUGAUUAUUGAGGGAGGAGGGUGUAGAAUGGUGCAUUGGUGA